AUGGCAGAGCCAGAGGAACAACGGGAGGUUCGACUUGGUCGCUGCUGUAAGUACCACUGGCGAGGAAAGUUAGCUGUGAUGAUACCUACACUCACGUCGCCGAUCCUCAUUCUGGGUUUUACGUACGACCGGGCUGAGUACAAGUGUAUGUACCUCAUAGUCACCAUGGCACUCCUGUGGAUCACCGAAGCCCUGCCCAUUUACGUUACUUCAAUGCUUCCCAUUGCCUUUUUACCACUUUUUGGUCUUGUUGAGACCCCAGUAGUGUGCAGACUGUACUUUACCGACACCAUUGUCAUGUUUCUGGGUGGUCUCAUUAUGGCCUUGGGCAUAGAGUACUGUAAUCUCCACACCAGAAUUGCCCUGAGAGUUAUCCGGAUUAUCGGUGGAAGUCCACGACGAUUAUUUGUGGGAUUGAUGAGUGUGAGCGUUUUCAUGGGACUGUGGAUAUCGAACUCGGCCGGAACGGCCAUGAUGUGUCCCAUAGUCAAGGCGGUAAUCAAUGAAAUGGAUGUCAACAAUAUAUUUCCUGUAUAUAUGACGCAAGAGGAAGAGCCAGUGGAGGAGGGGGAUCCACCGCAUCCCUCCAAAGUGUCGAUUGCCUUCUACGUGGGCGUGGCGUACGCCUCCACAAUUGGCGGACUGGGAACUCUUAUUGGCACGGGCACAAACCUUGUCUUUAAGGGAAUCUACGAUCAACGGUUUCCCACUUCCACGGAGGAGAUCACAUUUGCCAACUUCAUGUUCUACACCAUCCCCCUGCUGGUAAUAUGCAAUAUAACGCUGGUCAUCAUCGCACUGAUGAUAACCCACAUGGGUUUGUUUCGACCAAACAGUAAAACUGGCCAGCGGAUAAAGGAGGCGAAUUUAAACCGGAAAUUGUUAGAGGAAGUUUUGCGACAGCGCCAUAUUGAUUUGGGCCCAAUGAGCUGUCACGAGAUCCAAGUGGCCAUAUUGUUUUGUGUAAUGAUCCUUCUUCUAAUUACCCAUAGACCGGGCUUCUUUCCGGGUUGGAGCGAUUUGCUCAACGCACAGCAAGUAAGAAGUUCGGCUGGAUUGUUGUUUCUUAUUCUAUUAAUGUUUGCGCUGCCCACUCAAUAUACGUUCUUUAAGUACUGCUGCGGCAAAGCUCCUUUUCCCGGUCAGACAUUAGAUGCGUUAUUAGCUUGGAAAUUCGUGCAUGACAACAUAUCCUGGGGUCUAUUGUUCCUGCUGGGUGGGGGCUUCGCCCUGGCCGAGGCCAGUAAAAGAACUGGCGUGAACGUAAUGAUAGCAAAGGCAAUGCAAUUCCUCAUCGGAAUGCCUAGUAUUGCUGUGCAGAUAAUCACGAUUCUACUGUCCAUGUUUUUCUCAGUCUUCAACUCUAACGUGGUCGUAGCGAACAUUAUUUUACCAAUUUUGUGCGAAAUGGCUCUCGUUGUAGAAAUCCACCCUCUGAUCCUGACUUUGCCAUCUUGUUUGGUAAUCAGUAUGUGCUACUUUUUACCAGUAAGCUCGCCCCCAAAUGCAAUUGUUACGGACUAUGCCAAUAUCAAGACUAAACACUUGGCCUGUUGCGGCGUCUUGCCCACCAUCAUCGGAUUCCUCCUGAUUAUUUUGAACACGAAUACAUGGGGAAUGUUAAUAUUUCCUGCAGUCAAUACCUUUCCAGACUGGGCUAAGGAAAUUAAGAACCAGAGCAAUAUCUAAACGAACGCUAUUGGUUUUGUAACAAUAUUGUUAUUGUAGAUAUACAUUGUGUAAAGUGCAAAACAGGAUUGUAAAGCUAAGUAUUAAAG